AAACAGUUGAGCAGCCGCUGUAUAUGAUUGACACUGAUGAUUGAAGCCAAUGUGCAGAGCAGUGCUGUGUCUGUAGCAUCAGUAACGAUGUCACCUCUUAUUUAAAGGAUACAAACAUAGACGCUUAACUAUGCAAGCAGACAAUAGAACCCCGAAGGAGAUAUGUCUGAAGAAGAUAUGUCUCCAGGCUGUCAGGAACAAUUUUGCUGCUGUGGGCACUGAGGCUGUUCUUGAUCUUCCAACGCCUCUCAUAGAGGAUCUUCUUCCUCAUCUGACUGUAUGCCAACUAGAUGAGCUCCAGCCUGCCCUAAAUCUCAAAGGAAUAUCAACUCACGCCGGAUGGAUUGGGAUCCUAGAAGAUAUGUGUGGAUGUGUGGACCAUAUAAUAGACUUGCUCACAGAAGAAGAAGCCAAACAUGAAGUUAUGAGAAUGCUUUUUACGGUCGUAUUCAAUGGCUUCACAAACCCCUUCGUGAGCAGAAACAUCACAAAUUUAAACACCCCAUCCUUCCUGUUGGCUGCAGCUAAAUGUAUCAAACAUUUUUUACUCUUUACUAGCUUGCAUAAGCCCCUUCAAAGUUUAACUGCUGAGCAGCGGCCUCUUCUGAACCUCUUAGAGAAGUGUAUCAGGAGUGUUGGUGUAUCGCAGUCUGCAGAUCUAUCAAAGAAGAAGACACAAACUGCGCUGUACGUCCUCCAUCGCCUGCUUGAUCAUGGGGUGGCUAAAGAACUUGUUGUACAUGUACAGUGUCCCAUCAUGCUGGCCUGGCUCCUACAUGGAAGGGGAUCUCAGUAUGUAAACGGCAAGCUGAAGAAACUAAUGCACAGCAAAACCACCAGCUGCGUUUCACAAGCUCCUUUAACCACUGCAGACGGGGCCAGCUGCAGUCCAGGUCUUGAGACCAGCACUUUGGAUGAUCAGGAUGAUCAAGUCACACCAUGCAAACGCUCAAAGCUAGAUCCCGUGUCUGUGGAGGGGGAGGAAUCUGGAAAAACAAACUUAACUGUGGACCCGCAGGUUCUCUGUCGAACCCUCACUCCCUGUGGUGGUAGUCCAGCAGAAGCCUGUCCAUGGGGGAAGAUUGAACGUCUGGAGAUCAGGCAGUGUGGGUCUGACUCCCUCACAGUGCUGAACUCUGCCCUGCUCACAUUUUACUGCCUUCGCUCUCUAACUCUUCACAGCUCAUCGAUCUUCAGUGUAUCGGAUGUGUUGGGCCUGGCCAGAGCCCUGAAGCAGCUGUCUGGAAGCUCUCGCAGCUCCCUCACUGAUCUGAGCAUCAGCGUCCUGCCAAACACUGAACUCAUGGACAUCCUGCUGGACACAAGCCGCAACUUGACGUCCCUGUGUGUGGAGUUCCAGACCAGUUUGUGGGAACCGCGUCUUAUUCCACAUCAGCCCCUGUCAGAGAUGUCAGCAGAGCUGCUCCUGGAGAAGCUGACAGUCAAAGUAGCUCAGGUCCAAACAGAUGUGAACUUUGUCACAUCUGUGCUGAGACGCUGUCCACAUCUCACCUCACUUCACGUAGCUGGGAUGAGACUACCAACUGGUUCCUCCCAAAGCCAGCUCCUCACCACUCUCUCAGAGUCAAACCAUCGCUUGACGAGACUCACCUUGGAGGACCUGAACCUGUCUGAUUGUCUCCCGGAGAUCCUAAACCUAGUGAGAGACUGCAAGUUGGAAGAGCUGCAGUUAAAUGACUGCCGCCUUCUUGAGAAGUGGAGUGACAAGCAGGAGGGUUUGCAGCAGCUGGUGGCUGCUCUGAAGACAGUGUCCUCUCUCCACACACUCAGCAUGGCUCAGAAUCGGCUGGCCAAGAAUGUGUGUGUGCUGGCAGAGCUGUUCUCAGGACCCUCACCAAGCUCAGUGAAACGGCUAGACAUCAGCUCCAACUUCAUCCAGGCAGCUGAGCUGCUGGAGUUCUCCAAGGCAUUGAGGACACAUUGUCCACCGCACCGACUGACCCUUGAUCUCAGGAAGAACCCAGGAGAUCGAGACCCUGACACAUGGAGCAGUGCACUGAGGGGGCUCUGGCCCCUCUGUGUUCUCCUGGUUGAAGGCUGGAAGUCAACAGACACAAUGGCAGACCACAUCAGCAACAUGUGAACAAAGUCUGCUCUGAGCAUCAGACACUGCCUGUAGGAGUAAAAGUUAGAACGUUUGUAAUUUUCUCUUCUCCAGCGUGGAGUGAUAGUGGUCAGUUUGAGUUCAGUUCAGACCGUUACAAUAGAUUCAGUGCAAACCACACCUGCAGCAUGAGCUGGUCUCCACUGUCCAUCUGAUGUGGUAUUGUUCUAAACAGUCAUAUUUUCAGCAGAAUAUGGCUAAAUACACCAAAUAACUUCCCUUUUGUCUGUAUUAUCAGUUGAAAGCAACAUGGAAGCAGUGUGAAAGUGUUCAGAUUACACUGAGUAUGGAUCAAUAGCAGAGAAGAGGAUUAAGCUGCAUGAGCUGUUCAUGAGAGAAAAACUAUCUGGAAUUUCACAAUUUAAAAUCUUUUUUUAUGCAAAGCUAAUGAGCAGGUGGGCUGUUUAACUAUGUCAUUAGUUGUGUCACACAUUCAGUUAGUUUCAUGAAUGUUACAUGACUUAAAUGUAAGACAUUGAAUUGUUCUGCUGUAUUAAGGCACAAUGGUGCAGUUGAAAAAUAAAGGAAAAUCCUUUGUUAGUUUGA